GAUUCCUCGCAUCUCAGACCCAAAUCACAAUGCCUUUCAACUAUAACAAAGUACUCGUUCUUGGUGCCACUUCUGGUAUCGGCUGGGCUCUCGCAAGCAAGCUGGUCCAGAAUGGCACCUCGGUCAUUGUUACUGGCCGCCGACAGGAGAAGCUGGACGAGUUCGUGUCUCAACAUGGCAAAGAGAAGGCCGAGGCAGUACAAUUCGACAUCACGCAGCUGGACAAAAUUCCUGAGUUCGUCAAGGACAUCAUGGAGUCCCACGCGGACAUUGACAGCAUCUUCCUCAACUCCGGCAUCCAGAGAGGAUUCGACUUCUCUAAGCCCGAGAGCAUUGAUCUCAGCUCUGUUUCGGAAGAAAUGAACACAAACUACAUCUCCUACAUCCAUCUAGUCACCGCCUUCACCCCUUAUCUUCAAAAGCAGAGCAAGCAGACUUCCUUCAUCUUCACCACAUCUGGAUUAGCAUUGAUUCCUAUGAUGAGAUGCCCUAACUACUGUGCUUCCAAGGCGGCACUGCAUCACUUCAUUCUGGUGCUCCGAGAGCAGCUCAAGAACGGACCUGGUAACAUCCAGGUUAUCGAGAUCUUCCCCCCCGCCGUACAGACCGAGCUGCAUGACGAAAAACACCAACCGGACAUCAAGAACGGCGGACAGAUCGGCAUGCCUCUCAAAGACUUUACGGAAGCAACGUGGGCUGGGCUCGAGGCAGGCAAGGACCAGAUUCCGGUUGGCAUGUCGGAGGGCUCCUUCAACGGGUGGGAACAGGAGAGGCAGAAGGCAUUCCACGGUAUGAAUGCACACAUUGCAAAGAUGAUGGCACAGCAUUCGCAGUAGAGCCAGCAUGUAGAGAUAGCAGAUAGCUGAAUUGAUAGGGAAAUAUAAGUCAGAAGAAUACGAACACGACGUGACGUUGCAGGAGGCUUGGCCAGGCCGCAUCGCAUGUGAAACAACGCGACGACACGAGUGCACUGCCCAGCCUCGACUCGGUGCCUUCUGCGACUGUUCUUAAACCCCUCUUUCCUCGGUCAGAUCAUUGUGAUAAUCGCUUCGCUCACCAAGAAACAACCAUGGCACCACUCGAGGAAAUGCAGAUUGCCCAGCUCAACCGGUCGAUCCGGACCAUCAAAGCG